AUGGCGAGUUUCCUAACACUAACCUCGACAACACACCACGAAGAGGAUGAUUCCGCGGUACACUAUUAUCUUCCAUAUGGUUCUACCCACGAGAAUCUAUUGAUGCUAUAUGAUGUGGAUGGCCCUCAUUCAACAGCCGAGCUGAUACAUGCACACGAUCCCAACGAAUUUGUACGUCUCACUCCCGAUGAUGUGGUUUCCCAGGAGUUGUGGCCACUGCCAGCAUCUUUGGAACCAAGUCCCUCGACACAUGAGCCUCUCAAAUACUUCCUCCAAGAUGAGAAUAGCACAACCACUGUGGUGUUUCAUCAAGAACCCAAUAGCAUUUGA